AUGACUUUUAAGAUAAAGAAGAUAGUGGACAACAAGCCAGAUGAGUCCCGAAAGCCUGUAAAGCUCAUCCUACUCGGCGACAGCGCGGUUGGGAAGUCAAAGUUGGUGGAGCGAUUUUUGAUGCAGCGGUACGUACCCGUGCAAAUGUCUACGUACGCUCUCACACUAUUCCACUAUGACUUUAUCAACGAAGAUGACGAGGCGGUAGAUCUUGAUAUAUGGGACACUGCAGGACAAGAGCGAUUUGCUACAAUGCACCCUGCGUACUACCAUGAGGCUCACGCGUGCAUCCUCGUAUUUGAUGUAACGCGAAAAGCAACGUAUAAAAAUCUUGAAAAGUGGCUUGGUGAGUUGAGAAAUUACCGAGAGCACAUCCCCUGCGUCGUGGCGUGCAACAAGAUAGACACAGAUCCAUCCGUGGUGUCGAAAUCCUUUGCGUUUGUAGAAAAGCACAACCUUCCACUUCAUUAUGUGUCGGCUGCGGAUGGGACAAAUGUUGUGCAGCUCUUUGAGGCCGCAACCGCUGAGGCGGUAAGAUACAAGAAGAACCCCAAGAAUGAAGAUUUCAUGUCUCAGGUGCUGGGAUUUAUAAAGGAGGGGGAGCGGAAGGACGAGGCAGCAACGGCAGCCCCGCCUAGUGCUUCCACCAAUUGA